GUAUGAGGUCACGAGUCACGAGCCAACCGGGGGUUAGCCUGACUCGCCUCUUCAUCCUCUCAUUCUUCCCCUUGAAACACCAUUUCUUCUGUCUACACAGACACACAGAUACUCUCCAAACUCAGCAUGACUCGAUCCCACAAACUGAAUGAUCGCGACCACCCAACUGAUGGGAUGAUGGCUCCCCGUGACAACCUUCCACGCUACUUUGGCAAGUCCGGUCCAACUGAUGCGGAUCCUCGCAAGACAAAGAAAGAUGGAGGCGGCAAGGGCAAUUGGGGUCGCUCCGGAGACGAAGUGCAGGAUUAUGGGUAUACCAUGAACAAUGCUCGCCGCCGUUCUAACAGCAGCACGCAAGGCCUGGCUGACUUCAGAACCAAAUUCGAAACGGUUGACCCGGAGCCGGUCUUCGAAGAGCAACUCCACGGACCUGGCGACGUCACCGUGGCAGACGAAAGCACCGUGACCAAAGUGGAGAGCACCAGCAGCAGCAACGACAGUGAAACCGACCAGGCAGGGAUGAAGUAUUAAAGUAUUGGUUGUCCUUAGGUGGGAACCGGGCGCUGCGAUGUGCCAGCUUCAAUUAUGUGAUCGUCUCCAGAAUUAUGUAACCUGAUACUUGACUAUGCAAUAGGACUUAUUCCAC